ACACAUACAAAGAAAAAGAAACAUAGACACACAUUGCAUCUCGAAGGACUUCUUCUUUUGUGAAUUUGCCGCCUGCUUUUAUUCUGUAUAUUCCACUCAUUUAUAUAGCUUGUAUGUUUCAUCCCUGUCUGUGACUUCCUGCCAGACCAGGGCAGCUGGAUCCCUGACCGAUAUUUCUGUUUUUUUGCCAGAGUCAGUGAAUUGUAAGCCUUCAGGGUCAUUCAAUUACAGAGGGGAAUGAAUUGGAGGGGAAACAUGAACGCCACCAGUUGAAUGGGCUUAAUGACCAGCAGCAGCAGCAGCAGCAGCAGCAUCAUCAUCAUCAUCAGCAGCAGCAGCAGCGCGAGCUGAGACUCUCAUCAGCACUAGACUGAGCGACCAAUCACAGCGCUCCCCCACCGGCGGACCUCCGUCAGGCCAGUCGCAGUCAGGCGGUGUAACCUAUAUCUCACUUGGAAAUUAUGGAGGCAGCCAGCUUCAGUCUGUUCUAACAGGAAAGUUCAAUUAGGGAGAAUUGUUCUUGUUUUUUUGCGGCACUUAACCCACGCUCAUUUUCUUCUUGGUUUCAAGGAGAGUUCCUCCGUAACUUCUGCUGUACAAUAAUUUUCUUUCUAGAGAAUACUUUGUCACAUGUGUCAGAAUUUCACAGAACAUCUUGUUAUGGACACUGACUCUCGGUCUGCUGCUUGCGUCUUUUUUCUUUCUGUCGCAAUAAUGGAAUAACACGCCGGAUGGAGACAAAUCAGGAGGAGCGACAGAGAUCUUCGGUAUACUGAGGAGAAAAAAACCCGUUUUUUUUUUUAAACAGGUGGCAAAUCCGGCAACAGUUCACGCUGUCCCAAUCAUCCUCUGCAACAAUAACAGGCUGCCAUCUGAGAGACAUCCAGUGCGCAGGCUCUCCCAGCGCUGUUCUUCAGUAUCAAACCCCAGAGCAACGCACAGGUAAGACACGACAUUAUGCACCUUUCAUUAGCGCAACAUCAGGCGCAGAAUUACAGGAAAAACUCUUUCGUGCCUUCAUUGUGUGGUUGUUUCUGUGUGUAAAUGAAGUUUGGCUUCUGUUUGGACGCAUCUGCCGAGCCCGAGGCUCUUAAACAAAACACUUGGAUGAAAGCUGCGCCACAGAAAAAAAAAAAAACAUUUCCACAGGGGAUUUGUGCGCCGCUGACAUGUUCUUCAUCACUUGAACACUUUAAUUUACAACUACCUGCACAUAAGGGCAUGAAGAACAUAUUGAUAUUAAGACACACACACGCACAAACUGACACAUCCAGCCGGACUAUACACACACACACACACACACACACCGGCACGGAUACACCCACGCUCUUUUAGCCUACUGAUACUUGCAAGUCAUGUCCAUAACCCGUACGCUUGUUCAUAGCAACUUAUUAACCUAAUGAAUGGAAGAGUCUGAGGAGUCUUGGUGCUAAUUAUGAUGCGAAGUUACUGCGUAUUUAUUUCACUGAGAACACCAAAGCAAACGCUGUUCCCUUUUUCUUGUUAAGUCAUGAGCAUGGCUUUAGGAAGGCUUUUUUCUCUCAAUUGAUUCCCAUUGCAGUGCGUGUUUUUUUUUUUUGCAGCAGCGUUUCCAAAGAAAAAAAAGGAGCCAUUUUGUUUCAUUUCCAACAAACACCUGUUGAAAUUGUUGCACGCUCAGACCGUCUGCAGAGCUGCUCGACUGCAAGGCAUAAAGUAAGGGCGCCGCUUGCUUCAUUUGCUUUGAUAGGAUUGCCAAAGUCUGCGGUUAGGGUUUGCUCUACCCCCAGUGACCACGGAACUCAGAGACGCAUCUUCACAGCUCAGAAUCUGUGCCCUUCACCCUUUGGUUCCUAGCCGCGCCCCCCCCUCCACCCCCCUCUCUCUGCUGCAUUGCCUCAACAGCACAGUAUAGAAAUUCCUUCAAGAAAACAUGGCUUAUUUUGUAUGUUGAGUCACUUUGCAUGAAAGAUAUGGUUUGAGACCAAAAGCUCUUGGUUGCAGGAUGACCGAAGCUCCACAUUUUGAAUUAACACCCAGACAUGUCAUAUACCAGAUCUUGUUCUUUUUUAAAUAAAGCUGUUAUUGCACAUGUACUGUGAAGAGAUUUGUGUAUUUGUCCAGAAAACCUGAAUCUGAGCAAAAUUUGCUUAAGUGAGUUGGGAGGAAGCACAAGGUAUUGGUGUUAUCUUUUUUUUCCAACCCAGAGAUGUGCAGCAGAUGUGACUUUGAAAUCUGGUUGGUCUAAUGGGUGUAGAUUUGAUUCUGCCUCCCUUCUCUUUCAAUGCCUCUUUCUCUCACACACACAGACAGAGCUGCAGUGCUAUUCUGAGAGAGUUAGCUGCCUCAACCCACGCACAGAAUCUGAGAAAGAGAGAGAAAGGCAGAAAGAGGGAGAAAAGAGGAAAAGGAGAAGGGGAAGGGGAAGAGCGAGGAGAAGUCCAAAAGGAGGUUUAACAAGUGCAUAAUUCAGUCUGUCACAUGCAGAAUUGCACACAUAUGCAAAGACUUUCUUUCGGUUGAGCGUUUCCUCCUUUAACUGAUCAAACAGCUGCUGAUUAACGGUCUUUAUUGGCACUCUUCUUGUGUGUGGCAUUGACUGUAUUAGCAGCUCUGUUUGGUGGUGCUGUUUGUGUGAUGUUGUAUUGGUAAGUGCUGGGAGAAAUGUACUUGAUUCUGUGCCACCCACACACGCCGCCCUCCCACUCACGGUCGUCUCUGCACAUCUAUACCUCUGGCUCUUCCCCGCUCGCCACAAUCUCCUUUUGCUCAUUUAAAUCCCUACCCUGCAUUUAUUCCUCUGCUUGCUCUCUUUCUCUUUUUCCUCCUGCAACCAAACAGGCACACUAACACACUAUCUGCCUUGCAGAAUACACACGUAUUCGCGUAAUGUAAUUGAUAAAAAUGACUGAACAUGUGAACCUCAAAUGUGCACACACGGGUUGCAGAGCUAGUUUCUAAACAUGCCUCUCUUCUGUGUUGCAGUGGAUGUUCCAGGUUUGAUUUUCAUCAUGCAUACCCUGAAGAUGAUUUUGGAGAUCAAGCAGCACGUAUAGAUUCAACGGAGGAGAAAUUCUACUUUUUUCAAACAUUACUCAGUGCUUUGUCACUCUUGUUUUUCCACUGCUGAACUCUCCUUAGAAGGUCACAGGAGCAUGUAACUGAAACAAGCGGAGCCCUUGGUGAUUUCAGUGUUCUGUCUCCCCCCCAUCUGUGCCUACAUUCUCUGCCACAGAUAGGGACGUUUUUGAUAAUUACAUGUAAUUAUAAUUUCUGUGGGAGACAGAUCUGCUUCUGUCUAUUAUUGCCAACACCUCCAACACAAUAACUUCACACAUUUACAUAUUUCUCAACAAAAGUGAUAUUCUUUGAACCUCCGAGACUAAUCAGGAAUAAUUUUACUUAGAGAGACAUGUCACAGGGAGAAGCCAUUCAGUUCAUGUCUAAUUAGAGCUACAGUUGAAUGACAGGGGCAACUUUUUGUGCCUAGAAGCUGAAUACAGAGCAUUUAAAAUCCAUCACAUUUGCCUCCAUUUUGCAAUAGGCUGGUUUAUGCUUAGCCUUAAUUUUCCGCUGUUACUGUCUUCUCGCACUUAAGCCGAGCCUCCCUCAUUAUCACCCCCUUCCCAAUCGCAGUAACAGUCUGUGCCAGCUGAGUACUGAUGCCCAAAAAUCCAGCAGAAAACAUAGAGUAUAUGGUGUCUCUAUAGAUGUGCUGAGUGCCCACGUCAGGUUAACAUGAAAUUACAGAGUAAUUUGGCACCAUUAACAGACAGCUAUCAUUAACCGUACUGUCUCUUGAUUUAAUUCGAUUGUUUACAAUGCCAAAAAUCACCAAAUUUCUAAAAAUAAUUAAAGAUUUCAUACACUUUUCCAGGAAGGAUUCGCUAACGGUUUAAAUAAGUGCCAAUUCUGACUGUAAAAAGUGCCGUACUAAAUGAGUCAUCCAGGAAUGAACUGACCAGAUAAAACUGUUUACAUUUGAUCAAACAUAGGCCAUAUACUAUUGUCCAAGUGCCAUGAUCAGCGCAGGAAUGUACGGGGCUGCCAUAUUUUAAUGAAAACAUUGAUAGAACGUAAUGCUAACUGGUCUUUGAGGAUACAAAAACAGAAUCUCCUCCAGCAUUGAGCCAGAUAUUUAUUCUUUUCAUGCAGGUGGACAUGUAGGACAAGGCAUUAAGGACUAAAAGCAAGAAGAUUGUUGUUUUUAAUUUGUCCUUUCUGCAAAGAUGCGCAGUGUUCUAGACUUGAGAGGUGUUUUUGGAGGGCAGAAGAUGAAGUCAUUACACAUUCAGAGUUCCUCUCUAGCAGUAAAUUAAAAUCAUUUUAACACCAUUAUCAGCAAUUAUUGAAAACGUACCAAAAAGAUUCUGACAGUGUUGGUCCUUCUCUGUUUUACUGUUCCUGUGCUUUUCUAAUAUUACACAGAGUAGACAGAGUUCCUGAGAAAACACAGAAGCAGGCUUCAGAUUUCAUCAUCCCAAAUACAGCUAUACAUCAUCAGAUCCUAGCAGGUCGUACAUGCUACUUGAAGGUUUCUCAUGCCGUUUUAGCGGGUUAAACAGUAAAACGAAUACCUUAUUGUAACUGCAUUGACUCAACAACAGAAAAUAGAUCUCUUAGUCAUGUAAAAAUGACGCCCACCACCAAUCUCAGAGUCUUCGCCGUCUCCUUACUCUCCCUUCUUGCUGCCCCCCUCACCACUGCUCUGGACACCUCUGCGUCUCCCCCUCCCCCUCAACAUGCCAACCGCUCAGGAAGUCUGUUCACUGAGCAGCCUCAGACCGACCCCAGCCCCUCUCUGCUGUCCCUACCAGCGCAGGCCAACAUCAGACCUGCUGCCCUGCAGAGCCGGAAGAAACCCCCUGAGAAACUUCCAGAAUCCUCAGAAGGAGUCAUAGAGAUGCCUCCAAGACCCCUUCCCCAGGUCAUGUUCCCCAAAAAUGUGACAUCAGCAGAGGCCCUUGCCCCUCCCUUAGGUGCGGCCCAGGUGGCGCCCAUCCGACCCCGCAUGAUGGAUAUAUGGAUGGAUGUAUGUCGAGGUUAUUAUGACGUCAUGGGACACUUUGACAGUGCUUUCAACUGCUCCAAGGACACCUUCGUCUACUGUUGCGGGACCUGCCACUACCGCUUCUGCUGUCCAGAGCGAAGCCGGCAGCUGGACCAGGACAGCUGCAAAAACUAUGACUCCCCAGACUGGGCCAAGCCGCAGACAGAUUCCAUGAUCAUCUCCGAGGAACUAGGUCCUGACCCGGGUUUUGAUCCCCUGAAGCAGCAGAGCCACAACACAGGCUUCAUCAUUGGAGGUGUGGUCAUAUUCAUGGUGGCUGUUGCUGUGGGCAUCAAGGUAGCCUUCAACAAGGUGCAGCAGGAAGCCAAUCAAAGGGACCUCAACAUGCCCAGGUGAGGCUAUUUCUUUCAUCAUAUUCCAUUGAUUGAUUCAUAACUUCACUUCAUGAUUCGAUAUUUCAUCACAUGUAUGAAUCCUGUAAUCAAACUGGGUUUUCAGGCCUCCAUGAAUGGCCCAGAUUCAUCAUCCUGGCCUCAGAAAAUUGUCAUUAGUCAUCCUCUGAAACAUAUUUGAUCUUCGUCAAGUGGCUUCUGUGGAAUUCACGGCUGUUUUGAUUCCUCUGGGCUUCUUAUCUCAUAAACAACGAGUAGUUUUUGCAAUAGAUUAUUUUAUAAUUUUGUUUAUUUUUUCGCUUUUUAAUUUUUUAAUAUCAUUUUCCCCCUUCGGACACAGUAUUAGAUAAAGAUGGCUGUAGACAGAUACUGAGUAUUGACAGUCUUUAAAAGAAUGUGAUUACAGUUUUUUUUUCAUUAUUGUACUUCAAAAAAUGGAAAAGAUUAGGGCUAUUUUAUUUAUAUUUUUAACACAGGAAAUAUUUAGAGAAAAAAUUGAAUCUAGGUUCCAAUAUAAUCUGAAAAACCUUAAACCCCACAUGAACAAUGAAUUAAGCUGAUUUAUUUCAUGUUAAAUAUGAACAAGUCACUUUUUAAAAUGGUACAAAAUAACUAAUAUUUAUAUGGAAAAGAAAAAAAAAUCAGUACAAAAGUGCCAGCCAUAGAGCAAAGACUGCCGAGUGUAAUGACUUAAAGGUGCCAGACAUGUUUGUCACUUUGAAUUCUACGUGAUAGUCUGCCAUUGGCCAAUAGAUCACUCUCAUUAUUAUUUCUUUUCUCCUUUUCGCUUGUGUUUGUGGCAUCCUCAGAGCCCUGGUGGACAUGUUGCGGCACCAGUCGAGCCCAGUCCAGCAGGAUGAGAGAAACAACAGCGUGGCUCUGACUGUAGGCGAUGGAACGGGCACACUGGGGAGAGCUCCAAAAAAUCUGUACGCCCCAGGCCUACCCAGCAAGGACAACAGAUGUGAGUGUCUCCGGCUUUUAUUGCAUUAGUGAAUAGCAGACUCGGAGGCACAAUCAGAGCUUUUGUAACUGCAUCCUCUGUAUGCCGAGGCACAUCGUAUUUGUCACGUCUGCAUGUGAAAGCAGGUUUUUUUUUUUUUCUCUUAUUCCCACCCCCAAGAUUUCUUUGUAACCAUGUGGCAUUAUGGGAGAAAAAUACUCAAUGGUGGUGUGCAACAAAUUUCUAAUUUUUGUCUCAGUAUUUUCUCCCCAUUUACCGUGGAUGCAAAAGACAAAACAAGAAAAAAACAGUUUUUUCUUGUAUCAUUUAGAUUUCAAUUUACAGUUAAAAGAAAAUGUAAAAGACUCCGGAAGUAAGGGUUUUUAAAAUGUGAAUAAUUCUCACAAUCGUGUUUAGAAGCUCUGUGCAUGAAGAUGAUCUGAUUUGAUCUUUUCCUUGUGAAAAAAUCACUUAACUGGAAAGUGCCUGACUAGCACUCUAAGCUGAUUUCCUCAUGUUCUUUUGACUUACAGUGGGCAAUCUGCAACACAAUUUCAUCCACUCAUCAGGCUCCAGCCCCAAACACACUGCAACUAUCGGUAAGACAGCUCCUACAUGAAUUGCAUGUGAAUACCACAUACUUUAUUUAGUUCAAUGAAUUUUAAAGACUAGACUCAUUUUUCCCACACUAAUAACUAUUUGAAUAGCCAAUUUUGUGUGCUGGUGCUGAAUGCAAGUUAAAAUCUGUCAGCUUUGAUGGCGUUGUUACAUCCACAUAGUGCUAUGUGCAGUGCUCUAUAUCCAGAGGAGCAAAUCUCAUUUAACACACGGCUGUUUUCUCCCCAUGGUCUCUGCAGAGCGCACGCCUCGUAUGAACAAUGCUCAGCUGGCGGCUGGAGGCACCCUGCUCUCCAGUAAGCACAACAACACCAAAUCCCAGCCCUCCUUCCACCAUUCCCUGCACAACCUGGCUCAGCUGCCUCCCUCCUAUGAGAGCGCCACCAAGCCUGAGCUCAACAGAUACUCCUCUCUCAAACGCCUCGGUAAGUACCUGCAUGUUUGAGAAAUGUCUGCCCUUCGCUCUUUCACUGCAGCCGUUCCAUGAGCGCUGAAACUCGGUGACACUCUUGACACUGCAGCAAAGAGUGCAGGAUGCGUCAUUAUGUGCUGAUGCUUUUGCUGUGGUGAUAAACAAUUCAGAGAAAUUUUCUUUGGCUUCCAGAGAAAGGUCUCGAUGAGUACUCUUCUGGUUACUGCACCACCAAACGCCGGCCUCACACAGCCCAGCCGGCCCUCCAGUCAUCCCAGCACCACCUCCACUGGGGAGGGGACUACACCCUCAGUGGGAGAGGAACCCUUCCUAGGCAUGCAGCCCGGCCCUGGAUCCCUCCACCGCCUUCUGGCAUGCCCGCCUCACCCACCCCCAAUCCCUAUCCUCUGGAUCCCCCUGAGCCACAGUACAACCCCAACUACGACACUCUGUCUAAGCCCCCAAGGAAAGUCAAGUCCACUGACCAGCUGCUCAACAUGGGUGACGUCCCUGGUAACACAGGGACACUUUCCAGGCUGUCCAAGAACCAGCAGCACCAGUACUACAAAGCCAUGGCUGCCUCCAACAAGAACUCCAACACGCAGACGCUCACCAGGAAGACCCAAGACAGGAGAGAGGAGAGGCAAGAGCGGCUCCUCAUGUCGCCUGACCAUUUGGAAGAGAGGAUGGGCCCACCCGGGAUGGGGGUGGUCGAUCCGUACGCCCACACACCUGGAGGGAUCGUCCCCACGCUGCCUCGCCAGCAGAAAGCUCAGUCCCAGCAGAAUGUGUGUGCCACGCCCUCCCUUGACCGGCACCACAUGAUCAAGAUGAACUCGCACCCCACGUCCGGGCGGGAGCAGGAGAGGAACACACCCAUGACGGGGCACAUGAGCGGGAACAUAGGCUGGGCAGGGGAGCCACCUGCGCAAGGGGUAGUCAUGGGAACGGGAACGCUAGGAGGCCACAGUGCCAGGAGGAUGGCUUUUGCGACAAAGAGGCAGAACACCAUUGAGCAGCUACAUUUCAUACCAGGAGGGGGAGGCGGAGGGUCAGGAGGAGGAAGUGGGGGUGGGAGUCAGGGAAUUAGGACGGGGAGUAAAAAUGAGGUGACGGUGUGAGGUUAGUGCCUAAAAUAGAGUUUACUCUCAUUAAAGAUAUGGGAAUAGAUCAUCCUUCUGCAUUUAGCUCUUAGAUAUACAACUAAAAAUAAAACUAGCAGUACAAAGUUUAGUAACAGUAUAAUGUGCUUAGGCUAUUCGAAUUAGUGUGAUCUUGUUAUUAAAUAGCUUAAAUAAUAUACUUCAAGAAAAUCUGGGCGGGGAUUAUCUGUUCCAGUUACGUGAUAGCCUACAUCAGCCAUAUUUUGUAAGACAGUUUGCCAUAUUGCCAUAAACAGCAGUGCCAUUACUAGCAGAAAGACUGACUCAGAAGGUGGAACAAAACCAACAGAAGUGUCGUUCAUGAUUUUGUUUUUUAUACGUUUUUUCCAAAAGUACUCAGGAGCCAUAUUAGAUAGGAAUCGAUAAGAUAAGUAGAUGUAUAUAUUUUAAAAACGAGCUUCUAAAGAGGAGGGCAUUGAGGGAUGUUGUAUCACAAGAUCUAAUAGAGAUUUGACCUGACUACCUGCUGGACUGUCAGCCUGAUUUAUUACACUGACUCUCAUAUGAUAGAGCUCAACGGACCAGAUGAGUCUGCAUGAACCGUGUGCCUGAUGACGGUUUUCUGAAGAUCUGAAACUCUCACUAACCCAACUCAUGCUGACACAAGGAGGCAGAACUGUCUUUUGCUUCCCAUGUUGACGGCUGAAUGAGGUGGGGGCUGUUUUCUGACAGGGACUCAGCAGCCUGAUACCAUUGGCAGGACUCCGCGCCCGAUUUAAACUUGGGGACGUACCCACAUUACCGAUCUGACGCCUGGGUUGCCUAGUUUUCCAUGUGACCUUAGAUAAAACCCCCACAGGGACUCACACUCUGAUCACUGCUACGCUACAGAGUUGUUUACUGAUGUUUGAUUACAUUAAGAUUAUUUUUCCCUUACUUUCCUAUCUUUAGAUCAGGACCUGACUGUAAGAACAAUGGGCUACCAAAUAAAAUAGAGCCAUCUGUUCCUAAAAAGUCUUGACAUUAACAUUGACGAGUCAAGAGCUAAGAGAACAGACAUGUGUGUUUAGUUUACUAAUAAAAGGGCAACUUUCUUAUUUGUAGGCUGUGUACGGAGAGCAAAAAGUUUUUCAACAGAGCACAAAUGAAUAGACCGUGACGCAGAGGUUGCACUUACACAACUGUCCUUCAAAAGCCAUUUACGGAGAUACAAAGAAAAUACCACAGAGGAAGCUGGUCUGACAAUCACCAUUUUAUUUUUUCUCUCCAGUUGACAAAUCACACAAGUCAGUGAUAUUUUGUACAGUCAAAGAAAUCGGCUUCAGAGAAAGCCAAAAAAAACCCCUCUGAGUCAGGAGACCUGAGGCCUUCUCCUGCGUGGCUCUGUAAGCCAUGAGAGACUCGGAUGGUUAGGAAGCCCUGCCCGUCCUCAAGACUAAGAUCUUGCUGUAUCAUAUCGCACUUCAGCCAGUAUGAGAAAAAAAAACACAGAAAAGAGAAAAAAAAAAAUCUUCAUCAAUAACAAUGCUUAUCAAUACUAAGGGCUAUCCUAUCCUAUACUGUAGUAUGUGAUAUCUGUGGUCCAUAUACAAUGCUAUCUCUUUCUCUUGAUUUUGUGUUGAUAUUGUCAUGAUGUAUUAAGUAUUAACGUGUACAAAAAACAAAGAGCAAUUUAAGCACAGUUCAAAGAGAAACACAGAGACAAAACUUUGCACAAACCUCUCCCCUGAUAUUUGCACCAGAUACAAACAUACUUUGUAUCAAGUCCUCAAGGUUUACAUUCUGUAUUAGCACAGCUAGAAGUGUGACGGCUCAACGGGAGGUUUUAUAUCGAGAGAGGAUUUUUUUUUAAAUCAACAGAGGGAAAUCCAAGAAGGAACUCACCACUGCUGUUGUUGUUCAGUCAUGCGAAAGGAUACAGAGAAAAGAAACUGACAAACAGAAAUUUUAUUCGGACAAUCUUCCUUUACACAGUGCUAAAUGUAGUUGUUCUGAAUAUGAUGGAGUGUUAUUAUUAAUAAUUAUUAUAACUGUUAUGGUUAUUAUUAACAAUUAUCUUAUGAUGUGAUGUUCUUUUACUUGAUGGGAUUUAAGUGUUUAUUGUUUUUAGAUAACUAGCAUUCUCAUGACUGGUUGUUUUUUUCAUACAUCUGGUCGUAAAUUCAAGUUUUUAAAAACAUUCAGAAAUCUUGAUGCAUGCCAGCUCCAUUUCAUUUAGCGGCGUUUGGAGUCCGCCAGGAUAUUUAAGGUCACCCACGCAUAGAUAUGGCCGAUUUUCCAGCUGUACGUACUGUGCCUAGACAUUGGCCUUAUGACUUCUUAAUCUCAAGUGAUUACUUUGGUUUCCACUCGGGUACAAAACCAUCUAUUGAAAAAAUCUGCAGCCUUCUAAAUGUAUGUGAAGACGAUGGUGUUUGGGUGAAGGGUAGAUGUGACUGGGACAGGCCGGAUGUUGUGAAAGCCACUGACCCAAUAAGUUAUUAUGGGAGGUACACACUGAACCCUCGAUGCCAUAAUGUAUGUGUGCUGGGAUGAAUGUUGGAGAGACACAGAGGUGUAACAGAAACCCGAGCGCAGUGUCUCUUUCAGGGAAAAAGGACAGGUGACAUACAGUAGUAUUAGAUUUUUUUAAUAGAGCCACAAAAGGUCUGUAGCAAAGUCUGUAAAAUCUCACAAGCCAUAUCCAUCGAAUCUCAUGACCACAAUUUUAUAAAUGGUUACUCUAAUUUGUGCAAGUAUUGUAUUUUGUAUAGCUAGUACAAUCAGAAUAUUUUGAGUGACAUUAAUUUGAGGAUUCAAAAAUGACGUGUUAGUAUUUAAUGAAUUGUACAGUGCCAAACUCAUAACAUUUUGUUGUCUUUUUAUUGUCAGAACCCCCCUAGGAGAUGACGGGGUCAAUUCUUUUACGCAGCUGAGAACUUAACACACAGACGAGUAAGCUACAGAGCUAGUUCCGAGACAGAAAUGAAUGAAUAUGGUGUGUGUUUUUACCAUUAUGAAUUCAUUUAGAAAGAGAGGAUGUUAAUGCCCACCUGAAAUGUGAAAAUAUAUGAACAGUAUAUUGUGUGGAUAGGGACCGUGUCCACAAAAGAAAUUUAUUUUCAUGCCUACAAACUUCAAAACGACCCUUUUGUUAUUGUUUAACGCACUGUUCCCCUUGGAUACAACAGUGACUUAUACAAAAAAUUUGUAUAAUAAAGUUGGUGGAAAAAA